AUUUACGUCUCAUGUCUUUUGUGAAUCGUCUCGUUUACCACACCUGUAAAUGCUGCGGGAAGUAAACAGAAAAAACCUGAAUAUUUAAAAAAUCCUGAAAAAUGGCAGCUGUGAAGUUGACCAACGUUCGCACGAAGUUUGUGGAGAAAGUAUCUGCAGGCGUACUCAAGCAAUUGCUGGACGAUCUCAACGAAGGACGUAUCUUGAAUGAAGAGGAAAUGGAAUCGGUUAUUGAAGAACACAAAGCGAGGACGGACAAGGCUCGCUGUCUUAUUGACAUGGUUCGGAAAAAGGGGGAAAAAUCUUCUAAUAAGAUGAUCGAGUAUAUCAAGAAGAGAGAUGAAAAUCUCUACGAUGAGCUGGGUUUUGCCACUGCCCCAACACCAUUGCCACAGGUGGCAACACCAAUGCCACAGGUCUCAGUUGAGAACUCAGAUGAGUCGUUUGUAUCAGAGGUCCUUCUUACCAGCUCAGAGCAGUUCAAGUCACAGAAACUUCAGGAGGGAAACGGGAUCUACAAGCCCCAGGACAAGCCUGGAAGGAAGCGUCUGGCACUACUCAUUAACAAUGUUAAGUUUGACCGUGAGAGCAUGUUGAGACGAGGGGCCGAGAAAGAUGAGGAGAGAAUGGAGUUUCUGCUGAAGGAGCUGGGAUAUGAAGUAGUAAAACACAGGGACCUCUCUGGUGAGGAGAUGGACAGGGCCGUCAGAGAUUUUUCAAAACGCGAGGAGCAUGCUACAUCUGACAGCACCUUUGUCGUAAUAAUGUCACAUGGGAAGAGGGACGCCAUCUUGGGUGUGCACUGGGAUAGCGGCAAUCCCAACCCUGACGUUUUCCACAUCGAUAAGAUGUACAACCACCUGAACACCAAAGGUUGUCCUGGAUUACGUAACAAACCAAAGGUCAUUCUUAUUCAGGCCUGCAGAGGAGGUGAGGAUGGACAUGUUUGGAUGUCGGAUGGCAUGCAGGAUGACAGUGCUGCUAUUGAGAGUGAUGACAUGGAACAUAAGGAGAAAGACUUUAUCUCUCUUCUUUCCUGCACACCUGAUACAAAAUCCUACAGGGAUGUGGAGAAGGGCACUUUUUUUGUCCAGUACCUUGUGGAAGAGUUCAACACCCAUGCUCACAAGGACCACGUAGAGGAAUUGUUCACAAAGGUUAUGAGACGCUUUGAGAAGUUUCCAAGACAGAUGGUAUGCAAAGACAGGACCACCCUCUCAAGGCACUUCUACCUGUUCCCAGGGCUAUAAACUAAUAUAGUGUACUCUGGCAUUUUGCUACUUUUUGAAGGAAAAUGAUAUACCUUUUUUAGAAUUUGUAACGGAUUAUCAGAGUUGCAAUAGGCCAUUUACUCUUUAAUUUCAUACUUAAUGAUUAGUAUUUGUAAUUCUGUCUAGCACAAGAUUACCAACAAAUGCUUAUUUCCGUUUUUAAAUAUGUAGCUAAUUUUAAAAUAUGUCAGUUAACUAUGGUGCUGGUGGUACAGUGGUUAGCAUUGCGGUCUUCUAUGCAGCUGACCUGGAUAUAAUGCCCAGUCACUGCAGGAUGCCUAUGUAAGUUGAUUUGGAUGAAAGUGUCUGCUAAAUACGUUACCUUUUAAAUCCAUUUUUUUUAAAUAAUAAUUUUUCAACAAAUAUUUGUAAUAUGAUGGUACGAUGGUACGAUGACUUAUUCUUUUUAGGUAUGGUAAGAUGACAUUAAAAUUGAAGCUAUGAUAUGACAUAAA